AUCGUUUAUCCUUAGUGUCUCCGAAUAAAUUGAAAGCUUAUUCGAAAGAAAAUUCAGUUAGCCUGUUGCAGUAGUCAGUCAUGAAGUUAUACACAAUUUUCGCUGUCUUGUUGUAUGUCACUUACAACCACGGAUUAAAGCUGCCCGAAGUCGACUUCGAGUCGCUUUCGGAGAAGAUUGUUAGCUAUGUGAACAGUCGACCAGAAAUUGGUUGGAAAGCUGAACGAAGCAAGAGUUUAAAUGUUAAGAAUAUUGCACGACACUUCAAUGAACGAAGAAAAGUGAGAAGACGUGCAGAUAUCACCAAUUUGAACACUGUGUCAUAUCAAAACCUACACAUAGAUCUACCUGAAACAUUCGACGCGAGAGAGAAUUGGCCUGCCUGUUCAAGCAUAAGAAACAUUCCAGAUGAGGGUAGAUGUGAUGCCGCCUGGGCAAUUUCACCAGCUGCAACAAUAAGUGACCGCAUAUGUAUUCACUCGAAUGGAAGCAUUAACGUUGAAAUAAGUGCAUUUGACAUACUAACCUGUAAUCACCACUGUUCUCGAGGGUGUGAUGGAUGUGAUCCAGAAGAGGCAUGGAAGCAGUGGAUGGAGAGUGGAGUGACGACAGGAGGGUCCUUCCAAAGUCGAAGAGGAUGUAAGCCUUACCCAUUUCCCAAAUGUGAUCAUGUGUAUAAGAGAAAUUAUCCUACUUGUGAAGGAGAAUACAGUCGGGUGUCCGCAUGCGAGGAAAAAUGUCAAGAAUCUUACAACGUAUCCUAUGUUGAUGAUCUACAUUAUGGAUCGAAGAUAUAUUUCGUUGAGGCUGAUGAGGAAUCCAUUCGAAAAGAGAUUUUCCUGAAUGGUCCAGUUCAAGCAGAAAUUUACGCAUCUGUUGAUUUCUUGUUUUAUAAAUCUGGAAUCUAUAAGCGUGUAUCCACAGAACUGUUCAGAGUGAUUGAUGUCAGAAUUCUUGGUUGGGGAGUAGAGGACAAUACACCCUAUUGGUUGUGUGCGAAUGUGUGGAAUGAAGAUUGGGGAGAGAAUGGUUUCUUCCGAAUUUUACGUGGAUAUGAUGAAUCAUCUAUCGAAGACUGGGUGAUAAGUGGAAUUCCGGCAUUCAACGUGCAAGAGUCAAGUAGUGAACAUAUUUUACAGCAGUGAUUUCAUGGAACUGACUACCAGUUGUCUUCAACUGUCUUUCCGAACAAAUUUAUUUUGAUGGUUUAUUCAUGCUUUUAAUUUUAUAUUCACCACUUCGCUAUGUUAUAUCCAAAUGCUUCAAUUCUUUUACCCAAUGAUUACACAUAAGUGUUAACUUCAUUGUUUUGAUAAUCACCCUACUCUCUAUGUCUUAUUCAUCGCUGUUAGGAUUACUAGAUCAAUAGCAAGAGCGUCGGCGCCG